AUGAAAUCAAUGGCUGUUUUAUGUGGAGUAACAAAUUUCGUGGCCAAAGUAAUAAUUGUCAGAAUAUACUGCAAAGAAUUUGAGCAAAUCGAAUUGACUUUAAACGAUUUUGUGAAAAAUGCCAAUGAAAGUGAACGAGUUAUUUUACAAAAAUAUGUCAACAAGUGCUGGAAGUUCCAAUUGCUUGUAACCUGCGGGAGUUAUGCGACAACAACCUUAGUAAUGUUGGGACCUUUAGUGCUGCCACAAAAAUUUCCUACCGAUGCAGUAUAUCCAUUUCCUGUGGAAAAUAAAAUCGUUUCAUGUAUUGUGUACUUGCAUCAGUCCAUUAUUGGCUAUCAUUGUUCCGCGGCAAUACUUCUGGACUGUCAAAUGGCGCUAUUUCUCUGGUACUUGUGUGCCAGAUUUGAAUCAUUAGGAUCAGAAAUAAAAAAUGUCACAAAUUAUCAAGAAUUGCGUUACAUUAUCAGAAAACACCAAUCACUUCUUGUAUAUGCUGAAAAGGUGACGGAACCAAUUCAUGCAGUGGUUUUUUCGACGGUCACGAUAACAAAAUUUAUCAUGAUUUGCGGUGCAUUUUUUCUGCUAUCGGUUAAAUACAUAUUUGACGAACCGAUAGCUGGGAAAAUUCAGUUUGGGAUAAUGGUAAUGAGUACAACGUUGAAUAUUUACACUUCUAUUUGGCCAGCGGACUGUUUGCUAGACAUUGUAAGGACUAUUUUUUAUAGAAAAAUAUCAAAAGCAAAUACAUUGUAA